AUGAACUCAACAGUGCUGGAAAUUUUUCGCAUCACACACGCAGAUGCUGUUGUGGCCCAGCUGCCGCUAUUGGCUUCACCUUGGCCCAUGACGUACAUUACCAUUGCUUAUUUAAUAUUUGUGCUCAAGGCGGGCAAACUUUUUAUGCAAGCGCGCAAACCUUAUAAUCUGAAGAAUGUUAUACUCGGCUACAAUCUCUUUCAAAUGCUCUACAAUGGCUUCAUAUUUCUCUUCAGCGCCUAUUAUUUGUUUGUUAAGCCAGUGUACGAUCUACGCUGCAUGAACACCCUGCCCGCUGAGCAUGCCAUCAAGCCCAUUGAGCGCUUUGUGACCUAUGCCUACUACAUCAACAAGCUGCUGGACUUCCUGGACACUGUGUUCUUUGUGCUGCGCAAGAGCUACAAGCAGAUUACAUUUCUGCACGUUUAUCAUCAUGCAGUCAUGUUCUAUGCUGGGUAUUGGAUAUUCCGCUUCUAUGGCAUGGGCGGCCAGUUCGCCAUGAUGGGCUUGCUCAACAGCUUUGUGCACACCGUCAUGUAUUUCUAUUACUUUACAUCGGCCAUGUAUCCGCAUCUGAAGGGCAAUCUGUGGUGGAAGAAGUACAUAACACGCUUGCAGAUAUUGCAGUUCCUGGUGCUGUUUUGUCAGGCGCUCUUUGUGCUCGUCUUUAAUCCGAGCUGUCAAUUUCCGCGUGCAUUGCAGUGCGUACAGCUGGCUCAGGCAACGAUCUUGACCUUUAUGUUUAGCAGAUUUUAUGUGCGCGCUUAUGCUAAGCCGAAACAGCAAUAG